CGUUGCGGGGAAGAACUUCGGCAGGGAUGGCACCUCCGAAGCUUGCAUGAUGUGACAGAAUGAAAGACCGCAACCGUGUUUAGAAGUUCGAUUCAACAUUGAAAUUGUCAGCAGCCCACACAGCAUGGCGGACGCGAAGCAGCAGAUAAUGGACCAGGUCCGACAACAGGCCGCCAUCAGCAACGCACGCGCACUCAUCGAAAAAGUGAACGAGCAUUGCUUCGAACGCUGUGUACCAAAGCCAGGCACCUCCCUCUCCUCAACAGAAUCGACUUGCUAUACGCACUGCAUGGAGAAGUACAUGGCUUCGUGGAAUAUUGUGAGCCGACAAUACCUGGCCCAGAUACAAAAAGGCGUCAGUGGCGCAGGCGCCGCGAUGGGAGGUCUAUGAAGCUGUUGGUCUACCUGGUGAUUGGGCAAGGUCUUCGGCGCACUUGUGGAAAGUAUACAGCUGCAUGCAUUGCAAGGUGUUAAGGAGCGAUACGAUACUCACAUGUCUGGAGGUAUUCCGAAAAGAGGCUAUAAGAGGCGA